AUGCAUGAGGAGGAUGAUUUCCCUUCUAAGGUAGAUACUGAACUUCCAUCCUUUAAUACCAAAGAAGAAGAAAUCAAAUAUAAAAGACUAAUUGAAGCUUCUAAUGAGGUUCUUUAUGAGGGGUGUACUACAUUUUCAAAGCUAUCAUUUCUUUUGCAUCUAUUUCAUCUUAAGUGUAUGUUCCAUUGGUCUGCCGAGUCAUUCACAAAAUUGCUUGAACUUCUGAUAGAUGCAUUUCCUCAAAUAAUGAAGUUUCCGUCAUCCUAUUAUGAGGGGAAGAAGGUAAUUAAGGAUUUGGGUCUAGGUUAUGAGAAAAUUGAUGCUUGUCCUAAUAAUUUCAUGUUGCAUUGGGGUGACUUAGCGGAAAAAGAUGAGUGUCUAAUCUGUCAUACGUCGAGGUGGAAGGUGGCUAAAGGUAAGGAGGGUGAUAUAAGUGAGAAAGGUAAAGAAGCCUGUAAGAAAGGUGAGCCAGCUAAGGUUAUGCGAUAUUUUCCUCUUAUUCCUAGGUUAAAGAGAAUUUACAUGUCAUCAAAAACAGCAAAAGACAUGAGAUGGCACAAAGAUGAUCGUGACAGUGAUGGUACAUUAAGGCACCCAGCAGAUGCUUUGGCUUGGAAAAAAUUUGAUGAAAAAUAUCAUGAAUUCGCCGGAGAUCCUCGUAGUGUUAGAUUAGGUUUAGCAAGUGAUGGUUUUAACUCUUAUCGUUUAAUGAAUACCAAUCAUAUCACAUGGCCGGUGGUCUUGAUUCCUUAUAAUCUACCCCCAUGGCUUUGUAUGAAACCAUCAUCUUUUAUUUUAUCUUUAAUAAUUCCUGGGAAAUCUGGUCGGGGGAUAGAUAUUGAUGUGUACCUGAAGCCAUUAAUUCAUGAGUUAAAAAUGUUAUGGGAAGGUGUUGAUGCUUAUAGUGGGCAAAAUUUUAAGCUCCGAGCAGCCUUGCACUCUACUAUUAGUAACUUUCUAGCAUAUGCCAUGUUAUCUGGACGGAGUACAAAAGGUUAUAAGGCUUGCCCUAUAUGCACCCAUUCUACUAACUCAUAUAGAUUUGGAGUUCGUGAAAGUGGAUCGGAGGUCUUGAAGCAACAAGAAGGGAUCAUACAUGUUUACGGAAAGACUAACAUAUCUUCUAAGAAGAGUGGGAAAAAAAGAGGGAGAGGACAAGUAGGUGCGUCUGCUGAUGAAGUUAAUGAUGGUCCUUAUGAGGAUGAUGUUAAUGAAGUUCUUUGGAGUAAAAGAAGCGUAUUUUUUGACUUGGAGUAUUGGGAGCACACUCUUUUAAGGCAUAGCUUAGAUGUCAUGCAUAUUGAAAAGAAUGUGUGUGAUAAUCUAUUGGGAACUCUUUUAGACAUGGAUAAGAGGAGAGAUGAUGAAAAUGCUAGAAAAGCUCUUAAAGAGUUGGGGAUAAGGCCACAUCUUUGGCUUCAACCUCAUGCGAAUAGAGUAUCGUACAUGCCUCCAGCUUCAUACACAAUGUCUUUAAUAGAGAAAGAUCGAUUUUUAAGAGUUCUGAAAAAGUUGAAAGUUCCUUGCGGAUAUGGAUCAAACUUGUAUAGGUGUGUCAAUGUGAAACAACGGAAGCUUAUUAAUAUGAAAAGUCAUGACAAUCAUGUCAUUAUGCAAGAUAUCCUUCCCGUUGCUUUAAGAGCAGCAAAGGCUACAAAAGUGAUCGAUUUGCUUGACGAGUUAUCUUAG